ACCAAAUACCCAUACUUUCUCAACAACUUUUUUAUCUCUCCAUUGGCUCUCACAAGACGUCGACCAAACGGACUGCUGUAAUUAAAUUUCAUUUUUUAAUUUUUACGUUCUUUUCAGUUCCCGUGCUCUGUCAAUUGUUGCGUGUGCUGUGCUGUUGUGUGUGUGAGCCAGUGAGUGUUACAAAAACUCUUUCUGGAAGCAAAUUAUUUGUGUACCCCUUCUGUCACCGCUACGUUCGUCAGUUUGUUCCAUCACUCAUUUGUUUUGUUAAUUGACAAAGGCGAGAAAAACAAACACACAUAGCCGCCGCAUAGUAUUUUACAAAUCAAACGACGACUACGUCGACGACGACGAAAGGAAAGCAAUAACACAUAAAACUAUAAGACAACACAACGAAUAAAACGAAACAACAUUCAAUAGACAUCACGUGAGAAUUACGUGAGCAAAAAGAAAACAGCACAUACGGAUUUGAGUGCAAUUUGUAACUUCCUUUCACUGUCAUUUUGUAAUCUGUUUGGCUGUUUUUUCGGUGUAGUAAAAUCGGUGCUGCUGGAGGAACAGCUGUUUUGUUGGUGUAGUGUGUCAUACAAACGUCAAUUAGAUAGCAAACGAACGAACGAGGAUUGGAAAAAUCCCCAAAAUGAACAACCUAUCAGAUACGCCUGUUCCCGAUCCCGGCUCCAAUGCUGAAAAAAAGGAAUCGAAACAAUCAAGUGCUUUAAAGAAAACUAGCCGAUAUCGUAGUCGUUCAUUGUCGGCUUCAUCCACCGAUUCGUUUUCAUCUGCCUCUUACACGGGCAGUUCGGAUGACGGUGAUGAUGUACCACCACGAGAAAAGGUCCAAAAGAACUCCAAAGGCAGCUCUGAUUUUUGUGUUCGCAACAUAAAUCAGAACGCCUUUGGUCGGCGUGAGAUUGAGAUUGCCGAACAAGAAAUGCCAGGCAUAAUGGCACUUCGAAAGAGGGCAGCCGAUGAUAAGCCGCUGAAGGAUGUCAAAAUUGUUGGUUGCACUCACAUAAAUGCCCAGACAGCGGUCUUGAUCGAAACACUUAUUGAUUUGGGAGCUUCGGUUCGUUGGGCUGCCUGUAAUAUCUACUCAACACAGAAUGAAGUUGCUGCCGCCUUGGCCGAAGCGAACAUUCCAAUUUUUGCAUGGCGCGGUGAAACCGAAGAAGAUUUUUGGUGGUGCAUCGAUCGUUGUGUCAAUGCCGAAAACUGGCAACCCAAUAUGAUAUUGGAUGAUGGUGGCGAUGCCACACAUUUGAUGCUUAAAAAAUAUCCAACCAUGUUCAAAUUGGUAAAGGGUAUUGUGGAGGAGAGUGUAACCGGUGUUCAUCGUCUGUACCAGUUGUCGAAGGCGGGCAAAUUGACGGUGCCCGCAAUGAAUGUCAACGAUUCGGUGACCAAAACUAAAUUCGAUAAUUUGUACAGCUGUAAAGAAUCCAUAUUGGAUAGUCUAAAACGUUCCACCGACGUGAUGUUUGGUGGCAAACAAGUUGUGGUCUGCGGUUAUGGUGAUGUGGGCAAGGGUUGUGCCCAAGCCCUCAAGGGCCAAGGUUGUAUUGUUUAUAUAACCGAAAUUGAUCCUAUUUGUGCAUUACAGGCCAGCAUGGAUGGUUUCCGUGUGGUGAAACUGAACGAGGUCAUACGCAAUGUGGACAUUGUGGUCACGGCAACGGGCAACAAAAAUGUUGUGGUACGUGAACACAUGGAUAAAAUGAAGAGCGGUUGUAUUGUGUGCAAUAUGGGACAUUCCAAUACGGAGAUCGAUGUAAAUAGUCUGCGUACACCCGACUUGACAUGGGAGAAGGUACGCUCCCAGGUUGAUCACAUUAUUUGGCCCGAGGGCAAGUAUAUCAUACUCUUGGCCGAGGGACGUUUGGUUAAUUUAUCCUGUUCGAGCAUACCAUCAUUUGCUGUGUCAAUUACAUCUGCCACACAGGCCUUAGCCUUAAUUGAGCUCUUCAAUGCUCCACCCGGCCGUUAUAAGUCCGAUGUGUAUUUGUUGCCGAAGAAAAUGGAUGAAUAUGUGGCCAGUUUACAUUUGCCAACAUUUGAUGCCCAUUUAACUGAGCUCACCGAUGAACAGGCCAAGUAUAUGGGUCUCAAUAAGGCGGGACCAUUUAAGCCCAACUAUUAUCGCUAUUAACGGAAUCUAACCAUUAAUACAUACAAUGGCUUGUUUGGCAUACCCACAAAAAGGUAUGCUGCCUCAGAAGUAAGAAAAAGCUUUACAAAAAACCACGUAAAGAGAGAGACACACAAUUUUUACAAAACAAAAGAAAAAAAAAAAACACUGAAACACAUGAAGACAAUGAAGUUGAGUAACUAACCAACCUGCUGAUGAUAAAAUCAACACAACAAAUUUAGGAAUUUAAAAAAAAUGUAUUUUAUUUUUAUUUUUUCGAUUUCUUUACAAAUUUAACAAAGAAAAAAGUACACUUGCAUGAAAUGAAAAGAAGUGUUAGGAGGGUACAUAUGUGAAUAUAUAUAUUACGAAGCUAUAAAUCAGGAGCGGAGCUAAAUUCUUUUAUUCGAUAUCGAAAAAAUGUCAAUUUAUAUGAAUUUUAAAUAUCUACAUAUUUUACCUUGAUUUAAUUGAAAAUUUCGGUAGAAACGGCUAAUAUAAAGUCGGCCAGUAAGCCCAUCUGACAAAUGACGUAGUUGAAUUCAAAGAGAGUCAAAUUACAAUAGUGCGAAAACUUGUCUUCUUGGGCGACUCUAUGUAGGAUUUGGUUAGAGUUAAAUUCCACUUGUUCCUACCGAAAAUUGUCUUAUUAUCAUUAUAAACUAAGCACACAGAAAUUAAUUUCGAUGGACAUUUUUUCGAUAUCGAAUGCAUGAAUUUUACCCCAAGCCAAUAAGGCUUCAACUGUUCUAUUAUACAUUUUUUCAAUACUUUAAAAAAGGGUUUACUUUGUAAUAUAAUUACAAAAUAAUGUCUAUAUAUUUUUUUUCGUGUAUUUCAAUUCGAAAUAAAAUUUCAAAAUGUAUAAUAGGACAGUUGAUCUACCUUUGCUAGAAGGAAUUAAAAAUUAACAAUUGUUAGCAAGACAGCAAAGAAGUGUAGGUGGUGAUACAGAGGGCGCUUAUCAUCAUUAUAAGGUAAAAUGACCGCAAGAUUUGAGUGCAGGUCUGACACCCAUUUAUGAUGUGUCAUGCCAAACUGCUUAUGAAUCAUUAGUUUAACAGCCGGUUUUUGUAAAAACAAGUUGUUUUCACUGUCAACGUUCGUUUUCAAACGUAUUCGUUUUAAUAAUGGAUUUUUAUAUAAAUUUCGAAAGCUCACGCCAAUUGCCGAAACGCUUUUGUAAGUCAGUGUUUUUGUAACUAUUUUUUGUUAAGUUUUUGAUUUUCAUUAUAAGUUGUGCUGCUUGUGGCAACUCAAAUAAAUUCAAAACCUGUCAAAAAUUUGUAAAAACAAAAUUGAAAAAUAUCGAGAGAAUAUUUGAAGAAUAUGGAACUGCAAAAUGCGUCAGCAAAAUGUUAUUUCAAUUUGUUUUCUUGCAUUCUCUCUCGUAUUUUUUUGUUACAAAAACCCAAAAUUCCAAUAGAAAGUAAAACUCCAAAUGUUUUUUUUCGGUCGACAAAUUUACAAAAGCUUGGCAAAAAUAUAGUUACAAAAACAGGCUUUAAAUCUUAAAUAAUAGGAAUUUUAUUUGUCAAUCAAUCCAGAGAGACAACAAACAAUUUACAUUUGACAAAUAUUAUAAAAUAUUGGAUAUGAAAUUUAAGAACAUGCGCUACGUAUUUCUCAUUAUUACAUCCACAACUGUACUGCAAUGCUGAGGCUUUAAAUAGCAAAAAUUUAACUAAAAUAUUUUAUAAAAAAUUGUAUACAUCUCACACAUUAACGCCCGAAAAGGUUUCACAGAAUUCUAUUUUUUAUUUUUCAUAAUUUGCUAUUUUUCAUAAUUUCAUAUUGUCAGACAAAAAAUUGAAGAGAGAAAAUAUCAGACAUGCAUUGGGUUUGGGUCAUUUUUGCUUAGCUUCCCCAUCUUAAGCAACCUCCUGCUUUUAUAUGCUUAGAAGUUGUCCAGUACAGCAAAUUGGCAAUAUACGUUUUGGUCAUGAUGCAAUAAGGGGGUAAAACAGCUUCGUAAAGCUCCAGAAAUACAGCCCUGAGACUAUACCCGCUUCCUGUCAAAUUUACAUGCAACAACUUGUUUUCAUUUAUUCGAUAUUUUUCCUCAUUUUUAAAAUGAGUUAGACAGGGCGAAAAAUGAGUGAAAUGAAUGAUCUAAACAAAAAUAUGAUCUAAACAUUUCGAUAUUUCAAUUCAUGGCAAAACUGAAGAAAAAAUUUAAUGCAUGUCUUGUAAUUUACAUUUCUUCCAAUCAUUAAUUUUAAAAAUAAAUCCUUUUAUUUAUCCAAACAAUAAAUACAUACACGAAAUUAGCAGAAGUCGGGCAUAUUUAGAAAAAAAAAAAUAAUCAGCUGGUAGCUCUACCUUACCUCUUUAUUGUAUCAUGGUUUGGUAUAUUAUUUUUAAAAAGUUCUUCUUAAGUUUCAAAUUUUCGAAACAAUUUUAAAACUACAAAUUUUGCUACUACGUUUUUAAAAUAUCUUUUUUGCGCUUCUUUGGUAUCUAUUUUUUAAGACAGCCUCCUCCUUGAUUACUGUUUUGUUCAGUAGCUCGUAAUCAUAUAUAUAUUUAUAUUCACAAAGCAACACAAUGGUAUUCUUAUGCAUUCAUUUUUUUUUUGUUUUAGUUAUUUCCGAAUUUAAUUAUAACCCAAUAAGCAAGCCGUAAAAAUAUCCUUUUUAUGCACCCCAUACUUUACCUUUUUACAACAAAUACGCCGCAAAUGUCGUAGAUUUUUCUAUAAUUUUAAGUUUUCUUAAAUGUUUUGCAUUUAGGCCAAACAAAUACUAUUUCGAAACUUUAGUACUUAUUUGACAUGUAACAACUAGACGCUAAUUUAUUUAUGUUCUUCCACAAACCAAGAUGAUGAGCCACAAAUGUAUACCCCAUCAAUCCUUUUGUUUCGUUUACUUUUCCUAUUGUACUUAAAACCCAGAUGCUAAAUAUAUUCCAUUAUAACUUUUUUUAAGCCACAAAAGAAAAUUUACAACAAUUACAAAAUAAUAAGAGAAGAAGUUUGAAAAUAUGCGAAUGUCAAACAGCCAAUCAAAUCAUACGUUCUUUCGCACACAGCAAUUGUGUACUUAACAAGAAACAAAAAAGGAAAACAAAUGCUUAAAUAAUUGUAUUUUUUAUGUAUUUAUUGCCGAUUCAAUGUUUGUUUUAUAUUGACUCUACAAUUGAUUGUAAAUUAAGAAAACUACUACAAAACCUAAAAAACACACACACAAACACAGGAAUAAUGAAAAAUAAAAACGAGAAAAUAUUUAGUAGUUAUUUAAUAGCGCGGAAUAAAACAUAAUAAAACCAGAAAUGAAACAACAACAGUAUAUAUACAAUGCAUACCUACUACAAGUAAUUAAUGUAUAAAAGAAAUAUAUAAACAACCAUGAAACAAAUUUAACAAUAAAAGAAAAUAAAAAAUCCACAACAGCAAUUAUUGUUUAUACAACAUA